AUAUAUAUAUAUAUCAACACAUAUUUAUUUUUUUCCAGUCUCCCAAAACGGUUUACUUCUUAAGCAAAAUAUCACCAGACAUCAGCUCGGCCAUAAACAGUACAUGGCCAUAUCCAAUUUAUUCAUCGGAACCAAAUUUAAGGGCUGUUGCAUGUUUCACCAAGGUAAAUAAGGAUUUACUACGACCACUCACAUAUAGAAAAAAAACUCUGAUCAUUGUAAGCGAUUUCCAGUUUUAUGUCACAGCGAUUGAUACUCAGAGUUUGACUGGAACUGUCAUGUAUCGUUUUACAUGUAAUGAUCAAGACUAUCUAUACACUGGAAAAUUGUGCAUAACGUCCAAUAUUUUAAACAAUUCAUACAUCAAAGAUUUGGGGGAGAAAGAACAAAUAGAUACUCUAAUUUGUGAUAGUUCUAUUAUUGAUGUUCCUGUUGAUUUUAAUGUGCAAAAUGCUGCUGAUAAGAUUGAAAGUAUUAUCAGGAAUUAUUCAAACAUGAAGAUAGUUAUUAGUAUGGAUACUUUUGGAAUGGAAGAUUUGCUAUUUGAAAUAGCCUGUCGAGGAUACUCUGUAUACACUGGGUGUUCCAGAAAUGCUUUUUUGAGAAUCCAAAAUGCUGAUUCAUAUUUUACAACUUCUAGAGAUGCUGUUUUAAGAGUUGUUAAUAAAGCAUUUUGUGUGAACAUCGAUGAUUGUUACAGACGUUAUAUGAAUAAAAACAUUAUAACAAUAAUACCUUCAGCAAUGUAUUCUGUUAAAGAAAUGUUGGACUUGAGAAAAGUUGGUGUACACAUUGUUAACUAUGAAGAUCGGACAACUGCACAAGCUUUGUACCAAUUGAUCAAAUUGGUUAAACCGAUUCGUCUAAAAAGUUCUACCAAAGGUGAAAGUUUUAAAUUGAAAACUUAUGGACGGUUAUGUAGAAGACCAAGAGUAUUCCCAAGACUGUCUGAGACUUCAAUACAUUGUAAUGAUGAUCAGAAGGAGUUACAAAGUGAUGUUUUGUUAAAUGAAAUUGCUGAAGAGAAAAUUGUUUUUCCAGUUAAGCAAGAAGAUGCCAAAGUACCAGACGUCCUGGUAAAAAUCAGCAGCACGAGUGAUUUCAAUUUAGAUUCCCUUACAUCAUACUUCAACCACCAACAACCUGGUCCAAACGAUCCCUACAUAUCCCUAUCAAAUGAUAUUCUUCUAAAAAGUAAACCUGAAGAAGUUCUUACUAAUCGUCAAAAGAUGUUAAAAGCCAAAAACAAAAAGGCUGCAGAUAGUUUAGCAGCUUUAGCAAUUGCAGCUUUGGAGCCUUUUCAAAAAAUGCAUUUGUUUACGAAGCAUAAAUUGCAAUUCAUGGAUGAUAAUUUUAUCGAUCCUGUAGAGAUGAGUAAAAAUUUAUACAGGUUUCAUAUACAGCACCAUUUGGAUUGUAUAAAAAAAUUGAAGGAAGAGAUGGGUAAAAUUGGCGGUAAGAGGAAAAGAACUGGGUAGUAGAUAUAUGUUUAUUUAUUUAUUUAU